ACAGAUUAUCGAUAGUUCUAGAAUCGCUCUUUCCCUUUCCUCUUUGUUGUUUCCUUGUUCUCACAUUCGACAUUAGGAUAUUUUGUCGAUUAGUACAGAAAAUUCCAGACUUCCUUAGUCCAAUAUUUGCAGUUUAAUUGCAGUGAUCAAUUUAGAAUCAAAUAUCUAGUCGAGAACAGUGUUUUUAAAACUAUAUACAUAUAUUUUAAGUAAGUAGAAAGCGUGCAAGUAUUAGGAAGCAUGGUGAAUGAAACUAAAUUUUAUGAUAUUCUGGGUGUCAAACCAGACUGUUCACCUGAGGAUUUAAAGAAGGCCUACAGGAAACUAGCCUUAAAGUACCACCCUGAUAAAAAUCCAAAUGAGGGAGAAAAAUUCAAGCAGAUCUCCCAAGCCUAUGAAGUCCUUUCAGACCCGGAAAAAAAGAAAAUAUAUGACUUAGGAGGUGAACAAGCACUCAAGGAACGAGGAGUUGGCGGAGGUUUUUCGAGCCCCAUGGAUUUAUUCGACAUGUUUUUCAGUGGUGGAUUUGGUGGUGGUCGACGGAGGAAAGAACAUAGGGGCAAGAAUGUCAUCCAUCAACUUACUGUUACUUUAGAGGAACUUUACAAAGGAGCAGUUAGGAAGUUGGCAUUGCAGAAAAAUGUUAUUUGUGAUAAAUGUGAGGGUAGAGGAGGCAAAAAAGGAGCAGUUGAACAAUGUACAACAUGUAGAGGUACAGGUGUACAAGUACAAGUGCAACAAAUUGGAUUAGGCAUGCUUCAACAAAUUCAAACAGUAUGUCCCGAUUGUAGAGGACAAGGUGAAAAGAUUAAUCCUAAAGAUCGUUGCAAGCAGUGUAAUGGUAAAAAAGUAGUUCGUGAACGCAAAGUAUUAGAAGUACACAUUGACAAAGGCAUGGUUGAUGAACAGAAAAUAGUAUUCACUGGUGAAGGUGAUCAAGAACCCGAAUUGGAACCUGGUGAUAUAAUUAUAGUACUAGAUGAAAAAGAACAUCCAGUAUUUAAGAGAUACAAUGUGCAUGAUUUAUACAUGAGAAUGGAAAUACAAUUAGUGGAAGCUUUGUGCGGUUUUCAGAAAGCUGUCAAAACAUUAGAUGAUAGAGAACUGGUGAUUACUGUUUUACCUGGUGAAGUUAUUAAAAAUGGGGACUACAAAUGUAUUUUAAAUGAAGGCAUGCCACAAUAUAAGAAUCCAUUUGAAAAAGGACGUUUCAUCAUUCAGUUCUAUGUUAAGUUUCCCGAUACACUUCCUCCAGAAUUAAUUCCUGAUUUAGAAAGAGUUCUACCACCCAGAGAAGAAUCCAUGAUCUCUGACCAUGCAGAAGAAGUGACAUUGGUUGACUUUGAUCCAGAAGCUGAAGCCCGGAGAAGAUCUCACAGGAAUGCAUAUGAUGAAGAUGAUGACAUGCAUGGGCAAGGUCAAAGAGUACAAUGUGCUACAAAUUAAAUACAAUUUUAAACUACUUUCCAAAUUAGAGAUAUGUUAACAAAGGGGGACAAUAUAUUUUUAGAAUAAUCAGUCAGCAAAUACAGAUUUUUACUAAUAUAAAACCAAAAAAUGUUUGGGAGUAAUAUUCAAGGUUGGCAUUAUUGUUAAGAAAUUGUUAUUAGUUUGUUUAAAUUUCUAAACAUAUUGUAAAGCAGUAUUAAUUGUUUAAUUCACUUCGUUUAUUGCAGGCUCAAUCCAUCAAGAUGAAUUAAUGUAAUAUUGCAAUAAGAAGUUUUAUCAUAGCUCUCAAAUGACAAUCAUAUUUGUGAAUAUGUACUGUGUUGUAAUAUUUUCAGUCUAAUCUUUUUAAUUUCGUUAUUAAUCUCGAUUUAAUUUGUUCCAAUUGAAAUAUAUUUGAAUUUAUCUUGAAUACUUAUUUACCAGCUAUGCCUGAUAUGCACUAUUGAUUGAACUUUUUAUUAAAAAAGAUAAAUUUUUCUUAUAUUUCUUAUCUUUCUCCAAUGUAAUGUUGUAAAGGGGUUACAGCUUUUUAGUUAAAUUUUCAGGUGUUUUCUUAUUUAGACUUUUUUGUGGUACAAUAUCUUCUAGAAUAUUCCUAUAAAUUGUGCCAAAAAUUUAGAAAUGUGACAUAUGAAGAAGUAUCUUGAGCUCUGCAGUUAAUAUUAAACAAAGAUGCGUUAUUGUGCCUUUUUUCCUGAUUGUAUAAUUUUUAAUAACCAAGGUAUAAACUUAAUUCCAAUAAUAACGAUUGAUUCUAAACUAAAUUAUGAGAUCUUGAUUCUAAACCAAAUUCCCUAUAUUAGUUUCAUAGUAGUUCAUAUUAUCUGUUAAUUUGAGUGUUACUUUACUUCAAUAAACUAUUAAGAUUUCAAGAUUUCUUUAGAAGAUCUGGCGAGAGAGAAAUAGGAAAAAACUUUUUUACAUAUUUAAGAUUCCAUUCCUUAAUUUACAAUCAUCUUAAAUAUGAAAUUAUAUGCGUGCUGUUACUUUAUUUUAUAGCGGUAGAAAUUGUAAAGCAUUUAUUAAUUUGUUAUAGCAUCACAUCACUCUUCAUCAUAAAUAAGUUUAUAUUUAAAUUGUAAGUUUAUAUUAUGAACAUAAGUUUUGAAGACUACUUUAUUGAGUUUUAGACAAUUGAGGGGCUUGGAAGUAAAAGGGUUUAAGUGCACUUUUUUCAAAUUCUGAUUUAAGUACAGAUUCGCAUACCUAAAUGGUAUUAUACCUUGGUGGUAAAUUGAUCUAAGCAUAUUUCGGGUCGCGGACGUUUCCCCAACUGUCAUCAAUACGACUAACAUCACGCGUAACUUUGAUACUAAAAUAUUUGAUACACUUUGAUACUAAUUAUAAAAAAAAUAUGCAUUGAAAUCCAGUUCCCGUAAUUCGUUAAACGUGAUACAAGUGAGUACAAAGACAUACAUAUUUGUUUCUUUGUAAUUACAGCUUCAAAUUACCGUACACUUCUCGUAGACUCUGCCGAUAAGGUAGAAUCGUGUUAGGGAAAAGUCGCGCGCCCACAUAUUUCGCCCUACAGGCGCCAUCUAUCGCCAUUAUAUUUUGUUCAAUGAAAACAAUUGCAGUUUGCUUUGGUAGUAAACAGGUUUAUCCGUGCUCUUGAACCGUUUUACCACAAAACUAUUUUUAGUAUUCUGUAAAAACAAAUAGUAAGAAACGGGUUUAAGUGAGCUUGAACCAUUUUACCACAAAACUAUUUUUAGUAUUUUGUAAUGUGUAAACACAUGUUAAUACAGGAUAUUUUAAGUAAAUAAAUAUUAGAUUUGUGACCAAUUUUGAAGACUAAUUAAGUAUUAUGCAACGUGCCAGUUGUAGUUACACUGUGGAUAACAGCUGGAACAAAAAUGAUUAGUAAUAUGUAGUUAACAUCUGCAAUUGAACCGUUUUACCAGUAACAUUUAUCAACACCAUGUACCGAUUCAAGUACAUUUUUUUAAUAAUUGAAAAAAGGGAAGGAUAUAGUAAGUGUAAUACCCUUAUAUUUUUAUCACUUUAUAGUACAUUGUACACUAGACAAAAUUUAGUCUAAUGACUCCUAGAAUUUAUAAAACUCAAACAACUUUGAAGAUGAUUAUCUCAGAACUACAAAAACUGCACUUAAACCCUUUUACGUCUGGCCCCCCUCAAUUAUAAUAUGGUGUUAACAAAUUUAAUUUACCUUUCUAACGUGACCUUUCUUAUCUACUAAAAUCGAAGUGUGUGAGGUAAUACCUCUGAAAUAUAUCACAAGUAGACAUUCUUCUUAUAUAUUUUGUCCCUCUUUGGUACUGUAUGCAUUAUAAUUCCUCAGCAAGUUGUAUAACAGGCUGUUUAUGUCGUGUUAAAUUAGGUAAUUUAUUUAAAUACACACAUAUAUACAGACUAA